AUGACAGUUUAGACAGAUAGUUAGUUAACCACAUGAAGUCAAUUUAUGUUUUCAAAAUAAAUAUUGUUUUCAUUUACACAAAUGUGUUUGAAUUAUAUAUGAAAAAUACUGCUAUAAUUCUUGAAUUAUAAACAUUGAAAACUAUAUUUUAGAUUUUCUUUAGAAUUUAUCUUGCAUCAAACUUAAUGAUUAAAACAUGACUUGCAAUUAUUCUAAAAGGUAAAACUGGUUAGUUCAGUAAUAAGCAUUUCUAUUCUGAAAAAAUGGCAUCGGAUCCUCCCAAAAAGAGUGGAAAAUUGGCUCCAUUAUCUCCACCUCCUAUUAUAGAUAUUUCCGACGAUGAGCUCGUUACGAUUUCCGUGAGGGAUCUUAACAGGCAAUUAAAACUAAGGGGUCUUUCUAGAGAAGAAAUAGUUCGUAUGAAGCAAAGGAGGAGGACGUUAAAAAACAGAGGAUACGCUGCGUCUUGUAGGAUUAAGAGAAUAGAACAAAAAGACGAGUUAGAAACAGAGAAAACGCAGGAAUGGAAAGAUAUGGAAAUCAUGCAAGAAGAAACAAUUGCUCUUAGAGGCGAAUGCAAUGAAAUUAAAGAUAGAUAUGAAGCCCUUAAGAGAUUUGCGAUUGCAAAUAAAAUUAGUAUUCCACCUGAACUUGAACACAUAUAGUUUUACAUGUUUUUUUCCUUAAUUAUUCGUUAUAAAUUAAAUCUAUACAAAAAUUAUUCAAUAUACGAUUAUAUUAACACAAA